GAAAUGGCGGGUAAAUGGUUUGGGAAUAGCAAGAGUGAAUAGUGGUUGGUUGCACGUAUUGUGUUGCGGGACGAAAAAUGUUUUGUGUAUACUGUGUGAAUAAUGAGAUGUUGUUCAGAGCCACUUGAUUGUGAAAUUCUGCUCUUUUAAAUUAAUCCUUGCCUGAGAAUAUUUAACUUUCUCUAAGUUAUCGAGUCGAUAUUGUCAAAAGCCAUGGGUAUUUUGGGAUUAUCUAAAUUGAUCGCAGACGUCGCACCGUCGGCUGUAAAGGAAAAAGAUAUAAAGCACUAUUUCGGUCGUAAGAUUGCCAUUGAUGCAUCAAUGUGUCUUUAUCAGUUUCUCAUUGCGGUGCGCAGCGAAGGGGCCCAGCUUACAUCUAUUGAUGGCGAAACUACAAGUCACUUGAUGGGUAUAUUCUACAGAACGUUGCGCUUUAUAGAACAGGGUAUAAAGCCUGUUUAUGUAUUUGAUGGUAAACCACCAAACUUGAAAGGUGGGGAAUUGGCAAAACGUGCGGAGAAGAGAGAUGAGGCGCAGAAAGCCUUAGAAGUUGCUGAAGCAGCUGGAAAUACUGAGGAUAUUCAAAAAUUCAACAGAAGGCUAGUUAAAGUUACGAAGCAACAUGCCGAAGAUUCUAAACAACUCUUAAAGCUGAUGGGUGUUCCAUAUAUUGAUGCUCCAUGUGAAGCUGAGGCUCAGUGUACUGCUCUGGUUAAAUCUGGAAAAGUUUUUGCGACAGCAACAGAGGAUAUGGAUGCAUUGACAUUUGGAUGUAAUGUACUACUUCGACGUAUGACAUUUAGUGAGGCCAGAAAAAUGCCUAUACAAGAGAUUCAUUAUGAUAAAGUAUUGGAAGGUCUGGAAUUGAAUAAGGACGAGUUUAUUGAUCUAUGCAUAAUGUUGGGCUGUGAUUAUACUGACAGCAUUAGAGGUAUUGGGCCAAAGCGAGCUAUGGAGCUAAUUAAAACGCACAGAUCUCUUGAAAAGAUUUUGGAAAAUUUAGAUACCAAUAAGUAUCCUGUACCGACUGAUUGGAACUAUAAACAAGCCAGAAUAUUAUUUCAAGAACCUGAAGUUAUGGAUCCAAAUAAUAUUGAGCUGAAGUGGUCAGAUCCAGAUGAGGAAGGCUUGGUUAAUUUCUUGUGUGGUGAUAAGCAAUUUAAUGAAGAUAGAGUUAGAAAUGGUUCGAAAAAGUUGUUGAAAGCUCGUGGUACUUCAACCCAGGGUCGGCUCGAUUCGUUCUUCAAAGUGUUGCCCAGUACAACUCCAGUCAAGCGUAAGGCCGAUGACAAAAAGACACCAGCGAAAAAAGGCAAACCUGCUGGACGAGGUAAAUUUCGAGGCAAAGCCAAAUAAAUGGAAAGUUAUCUCAAAAUUUUGUCAUGCAACUCAGGAGUAUAAAUUCCUCUGUUAAGA